AUGUCUCAGAAGUGUGUGCUAAUUUUUAUGAGCAUUUUCUUGCUUUACAUAAUUUUAGUUAGUAGCGAUACAGAAGUAUUAAAACCCGUGCUCGUUCGCAAUAUACCACUUAAGAGGCCGCCCACCAAACGUUUCGAUACUGGCUACGAGGCCCAGGAAUAUGAAGUGCCAUCGAUAGUGGCUUUAGAUUUUUCUACACGCAAUACAACUUGGUUUUGUGCUGGAGCCAUUGUGGGCCAUCGCUGGAUACUAACGGUUGCAUCAUGCACUAAGCCGGCGAGUCGUGUGAGAAUCAGUUACGGUGUCAUUAUCCGCAACUUGCCGGCCCUCGAGAUGUAUGUGUCGAAUAGAUGUUUCUUCAAUCAUCCGGAUUAUAAUCGAAAUUUCGAGAAUGAUAUCGCUUUGAUACAAACGCCAUUUGUGAAAUUUUCUUUCCUUGUCAAUAUGAUGGCAUUGCCCAAGAUGAAGGAAAGUGAUCCUUUGAGAUUUCCAGAUGCCUAUUCAGCUGGCUGGGGACAACACAAAAUUACCGAGGAGAACUCUCAGGAAUUACAUAUUUCUCUAAUGGAAGUCAUUACAAAUGUGGAAUGCAUCGAUCUGGGUUAUGGCAAGACAUUGCAUCCCAAAAUGAUUUGCGCCAUAUUGCCAAGUGUGGAGAGCUCUUGCCGCUUAGACUCGGGCAGUCCGCUCAUAAUGCAGAGUCAAAGGACAAUCAUUGGCCUGGCAUCGUUUGCCAGUCACAAGGGGUGUAGGAUACAUUUGCCAGUGGUUUUUACACGAGUAACUGAAUAUGUCGAUUGGAUAGAGAGUGUGAUUAAGAAAAAUGAUAUGGUAAUCAGUUGA